AUGACUGAAGAGAGAAGUUCUGAGAAGGAUUCUCACAAAAAUGGUAUUUUGAAUUAUAAUAAAUUACUCUCAGGAUUCGUUGUUAAAAUUACAAAUAUACCUGGCCAAAUCGAUGAAAAUUCACUCAAAAGUGUUAUGAGCCAUUUUGGAAAUGUCGAAAUGUGUAAACUAGUCUUCGGAGAGAAAAUUAGUGAUCCUGCAACAGCAUGGAUACAAUAUAAAAGUGAAUCUGAAUUAAACAAUGCCUUAAAGGCAGACGGUAAACUAGAAUGUGGAGGAUGUAAGUUAAAGAUAACUAGAUGGGAUGGUGAAAUUCCAUCAGAAAAAAGAGAACAAAAGAGAAAACUGACAGAAUCCUCAACAUGUCAGGAUUCCUGCUGGUUUUGCUUGGCAAACGACGAAUGUGAAACCCAUAUGAUUUCAUAUGUUUCAAAACAUUGUUAUGUAGCUGUGGCAAAAGGAGCUUUAUCGGAUAUGCACAGUUUGGUUGUUCCAAUAUAUCAUUACGCUAACCUAGGAUCGGCUCCAUUGGAUGUGCAAAUGGACAUCAAAAAGGUUAUAGAAAGUCUAUUUGAUAUUGCAAUAUCGAAGGGAAAGGGAGCAAUAGCUUUUGAGAGAUAUGUACCAAUGACAAUGAAAGUAGCAAUGCAUACUCAAGUACAAGUUUUGGAAGUACCUUCACACAGAGCACUCCAAUGUUUCAAUUUCGUGGAUAGAUCACAAAUAUUUUCUGACGCUACAAGAGUAACUUUUGAGUCUGAAGAUAUUGGAUUUCAUGGAAUUACAUCCAGAGUAAACAACAAAACUCAAUACUUGUAUCUUCAAGCAGUUGGAAAGCCUGAAAAUUCAGAUGAAAUAUCAUUUGCAAAAUGCCUCUGGGUAUUCGAUAGACCAAACUUCCGUAAAAUACCAACUCACUUCGGAAGAGAAAUCGCAUUGUCAGUUUUAUCGCACAGAGAACUCGAAAAAAUCAAUAGCUUGAACAAAUAUGUUAGUGAAACUAACAUGAAACCAGGAAUCGCAGCCAUAGAUUGGCACAACUGUGUAGCCACAAAGGAAGAAGAAACGGAAUCUUCUAAAAGAAUGUCAAAAAUGAUACUAGGAGUUGAAUAA